AAUUAGUAGAGAGAAUGGUGUUUCACAAUGAUCUCUAAAAUCUUUAAACAUUGAUUUUAAUCAAUUCCAAAGUAGUGGAGGAAAUUUGAAAAAGGCUAAGUUUUUCAAUAAUGUGAUUAAUGAAACUUUGUUUCACAUUCCUCUAGACCAGGUAGCAGUACCUGCUUUACAUAUAUCUUUAGGAACCUAUUUGAAGUUUUUUAACAUGUUUGAAGAUGAAUGUCACUUGUUAGAUAUCAAACUUGCUGGAGAGCUUGCACUAAAAAAUAAUACAAUUGGUAAAGAUGAUUUUGACAAAUACAUUAAUAUGCAUAUUCAAUCAAAUCUUAUAAAAAGUGUUAUUGAGGACUGUGAUAAUAAAAUUACACUUUUACAAGACACAAUUUCAUUAAAAGUUUUAUGUGAACCAGACAGAACAGAAGAAAUAAGGAAAGUAUAUGCACCAAGAAUACUUUACUAUGAUUUAAAAAAAACUGAUAAGAUGAAAGAACUAAAUUCAUUAAAUGAAGCAAACAUUCUUGAUAAAAUUUCAGGUCCCUGCAUUCAGCAACUUGAUGAAAUUUUAAAGGCUAAUCAGGUACAAAGACAGGCUUAUCAUGGGAAAUGCUUUGUUGGAAACCAUGUUCACACAAUGCUUAAGCCUCAACCUUUGCUAGAUUUGUGCAACUCUAUUCCAAAACUGAUUUCAAAUCUUGGUUUUAUUGAUACAGACGUUCAUUUACUCUCAGUUAAUGUGAGCCAAAAAUUUAAACAGUUGUUUCAAUAUUAUUCCAAAUGUCAUAACUUGAUGAACAGCUCACAAUCAUUUCAAGAAAAUGAUGUUCAGGAACUUGAAUCAGCAAUCUGUAAUCUUAUGGAAUUUUAUAGAUCAACUUGGCCAAAUGCAUCUGUAACUCCAAAGAUGCAUUUGCUUGAAACACAUGUUCUUCAAUUUAUUCAAAAAUGGGGAUUAGGCAUUGGAGUUUAUGGAGAACAAGGCGGAGAAAGUUUGCAUGCUGAUUUUAACAAUCUUAAUCGUUUGUUUUGUCAUAUGAAAGGUUGUAGCCGCUUGAAAAGCAUGGUGAAAGAACAUUAUGUAAGAAACCAUCCAAAAGCUAAAGCAAUGAAGCCAGAAAUUAAAAAGAAAAUUUUUUGAUUUUUAUGUGUGUAUAUAAUAUAUAUAUAUAUACACAUACAUAUACACACAUUCAACUUUGUUCUGAGUAUCAGAGUGUUCUGGUAAACACAUUAUAAUAUUCUUGAUUUAAAACGUGCACGCAUUGUAAGUUUAAGGUUAACUUGAACUUUAUGUAAGGCUUUCAGAGUAGAAAAUUCUUCCAUUAAAAAGCUAAAAAAACUACGCAAAAAAUGUUACCAGCCUGCCGUUAAAUGCAGUUAACUUUUUUUAAAAAAAUGACAGGUUAAAACGAAAGGCAUAGAAUUUUUAGGCAUGAUUUAUAGAAUUUAAAACAAUUGAACUUUUUAGUCAAAAAAUUUUCAAACAAAAGAUAUCCCUCUAGUUAGCUAACAGAUAUUUUAUUUUUUUUAUCUAAAAAACCUUAC